UUUUUUUUUCUUGAAUGAAUAUUCAGGUGAUCUGUUGAACAGUAACUGUCUUCUAGUAAAUGAAGUGCCCAGUUUUGAGGGUCUCUUCUGGUUGAUUGAUGUAAAUUCUGCCUAUGUCUAGUUAGGUAUUUGUGAGGGAAAGAUGGAACAGAGGUGCAUGUGUGUGUAUGUAUUUCUGUCUGGACAAAGACGGCAUGUCUUUUUGGGUUGUUGGGUUUUUUUUAAUAGAUUGGCAUAGGAAGUGCAAAAAUAUAACUAGUCUAAAUCCAAGACACAUGAUACAGAGUUAAGCCAAUUUGGAUUGUUGAAUGGAUACUGCUGUCUUGUAACUAUGGCGUUCAGAUGUUUCUCAUAAAUGACUGCAUAGUCAGCUGACCCAGUCAAGGGAUUUCCAGAAGCUGAAAAGCAGUUAAAUUAUGUAUCUGCUGCAGCUCUGGACACUGAUUCAAGACUUUGGCUUCUGAAGACUGGCUAAGUGAGAUUUGCCAUGAAGUAUGUAAAAUAAAAAAACAAAACAAAGCAAAAAAGUCUGCCUAGUUUAACUAAAGACCUGGUUUUGCAUCUCUCUGAACUGUAGCAUUUUCUGAAACUUGAGAAAAUACAUUUGCUUGGCACAGCUGUUAACUUCCUACAACUGAAAUGCUUUCCAUUCCCUUUAAAAUAAGCCCUUCUGAAGCAGAAUGUAGAUCACAUGUAUCAUCCAGACCAAAAAAGUUUGCCUGGACUACUCCUGGGUCCGGAAUCCUCACAUUCCAGGCAGAACUCCAGCUGUUCCGAUUUAGUUACCCACUUGGGAUUGGCUGCGCCACCUACUCUUGUUUCCACCCCUUAACUUUCACUGGAAGAAAGCUCUAGACUGAAGAUUAAAUGUAAGCGCUGUCACCAGGCCUUCUGAGUGCAGCUGGCACCAUGGGUGUGCUCCAGAGCAACUUCUGCUUGCUCCGAGCCCCCUGCCCUGCCUCCCCUUUCACCAUGUUUCCUCUGACAAGAUUUUAAGUACAGCAAUUCAAGAAGAUUUCUCCUCCUAAACGACAUUGAUCUGAAGUGUAUUGCCUCUUGAUUGCUGGAAAAGAAUCUUAAACUCAUUUCAAAAGUAACUUAUAAACAAACUUAUUAAAAGUGAUGAAAGGAGCAUUGAAAUUAAUUAGCACUAAUUUUUCACUGUGCCAAAGUGUGCAGUGUCCUUCAGAGGAAACGAUAGCAGAUCUGGUUUGGCAUAGAAAUGGUACCGCUUGUUCAAAAUGAACAAGAAGCCUUAGAUUUGGACGGGGAACCUGAUCUGUCCAGUCUAGAAGGAUUCCAGUGGGAAGGCGUUUCCAUUUCCUCAUCCCCUGGCUUGGCAAGAAAGCGAAGCCUUUCUGAGAGCAGCGUGAUCAUGGACAGAGCUCCUUCUGUGUAUAGCUUCUUCAGUGAGGAAGGUACAGGCAAAGAAAAUGAGCCCCAGCAGAUGGUUUCACCUAGUAACUCACUGAGGGCUGGACAGAGUCAGAACGCAACCGUGCACCUCAAACAAGAAGUGACACCUCUGGCUGCCUCCCUCCGAACAGGUGAAAGGGCUGAAAAUGUUGCUACCCGAAGGCGACAUAGUGCACAAUUACCUUCUGAUGAUAUAAUACCUUUGAUGCAUUCGGCAAAAGACUUGAACAGCCAGGAGAGGUCUAUGCCACCUUCAGAGAGUCAGAAUUCCCAAGAGAGUAACGGAGAAGGAAACUCUCUGUCAUCAAAUGCAUCCUCAGCCCUUGCGAUCUCCAGUUUAGCGGAUGCAGCCACAGAUAGUAGCUGUACCUCUGGUGCUGAACAAAAUGAUGGCCAAAGUAUUAGGAAGAAACGAAGAGCCACUGGAGAUGGAUCUUCUCCUGAACUCCCAAGUCUUGAGAGAAAAAAUAAAAGAAGGAAAAUUAAAGGAAAAAAAGAACGUUCUCAGGUUGACCAGCUGCUGAAUAUUUCUUUAAGGGAGGAAGAACUUAGUAAGUCAUUGCAGUGCAUGGAUAACAAUCUUCUGCAAGCCCGUGCAGCCCUUCAGACAGCUUAUGUGGAAGUUCAGAGGCUACUUAUGCUCAAGCAGCAGAUAACUAUGGAGAUGAGUGCACUGAGGACCCAUAGAAUACAGAUUCUACAGGGAUUACAAGAAACAUACGAACCUUCUGAGCACCCAGACCAGGUUCCCUGUAGCCUCACACGAGAACGAAGGAACAGUAGAUCUCAAACAUCUGUUGAUGCCGCACUGCUGCCCACUCCCUUUUUCCCACUUUUUCUGGAGCCUCCAUCUUCCCAUGUGUCUCCAUCACCCACCGGAGCCUCUCUUCAAAUAACCACAUCUCCUACUUUCCAAACCCAUGGCAGUGUCCCUGCUCCAGACUCAUCCGUUCAGAUUAAACAAGAGCCCAUGUCUCCUGAACAAGAUGAGACUGUGAAUGCUGUGCCACCAAGCUCUGCCUGCAAUGUGUCCAACGAACUACUGGAAGCUAAUAGAGAGAUCAGUGACAGUUGUCCAGUUUAUCCAGUCAUCACUGCUAGAUUGUGCUUAUCAGAGUCAACAGAAAGUUUCCAUGAGCCUAGCCAAGAACUGAAGUUUUCUGUGGAGCAAAGAAAUACCAGAAACAGAGAGAACUCUCCCUCUUCCCAAUCAGCUGGUCUUUCUAGCAUAAAUAAAGAGGGGGAAGAGCCAACCAGAGGCAAUAGUGGGUCUGAAGCCUGUACUAGUUCUUUUCUAAGAUUGUCUUUUGCUUCAGAAACCCCUUUGGAAAAGGAACCCCACUCUCCAGCUGACCAGCCUGAACAACAGGCAGAAUCCACUUUGACAUCAGCUGAGACUAGGGGAAGCAAGAAAAAGAAGAAACUUCGGAAGAAGAAAAGUCUACGGGCUGCCCAUGUUCCUGAGAAUAGUGACACUGAACAGGAUGUUUUGACUGUUAAACCCGUAAGGAAAGUAAAAGCUGGAAAGUUAAUUAAAGGGGGGAAAGUAACAACCUCCACUUGGGAAGACAGCAGGACUGGUCGGGAGCAAGGGAGUGUCAGAGAUGAGCCAGAUAGUGACUCGUCUCUGGAAGUCCUAGAAAUUCCUAAUCCUCAGUUAGAAGUAGUAGCCAUUGAUUCUUCAGAAUCAGGAGAAGAGAAACCAGACAGCCCAUCUAAAAAGGAUAUUUGGAACUCUACAGAGCAAAACCUGCUAGAAACUUCUCGUUCUGGGUGUGAUGAAGUUAGCUCGACCAGUGAAAUUGGCACUCGCUAUAAAGAUGGCAUCCCUGUAAGUGUGGCAGAAACUCAGACUGUGAUCUCUUCCAUAAAAGGAUCAAAGAAUUCUUCAGAAAUAUCUUCAGAGCCAGGAGAUGAUGAUGAGCCCACAGAAGGAAGCUUUGAGGGGCACCAAGCUGCUGUAAAUGCAAUUCAGAUAUUUGGGAACUUACUAUAUACCUGUUCAGCAGAUAAAACUGUCCGGGUUUAUAAUCUGGUGAGUCGGAAAUGUGUUGGUGUCUUUGAGGGCCAUACCUCGAAAGUGAACUGCCUCCUGGUGACUCAGACCUCCGGGAAGAACGCUGCCCUUUACACCGGCUCCAGUGACCAUACCGUCCGCUGCUAUAAUGUUAAGAGCCGAGAGUGUGUGGAGCAGUUACAGCUGGAAGACCGGGUCCUCUGCCUGCACAGUAGGUGGCGAAUCCUCUAUGCGGGACUGGCAAAUGGCACUGUGGUCACCUUCAACAUAAAGAACAACAAACGACUUGAGAUCUUUGAAUGCCAUGGCCCCCGGGCAGUCAGCUGUCUUGCCACAGCUCAGGAAGGUGCCCGAAAACUGCUGGUCGUGGGCUCUUAUGACUGCACCAUUAGUGUACGCGACGCCCGGAAUGGACUGCUCCUCAGAACUCUGGAGGGCCAUAGCAAAACCAUUCUUUGCAUGAAGGUGGUGAAUGAUCUCGUGUUCAGUGGCUCCAGUGAUCAGUCAGUCCAUGCCCACAACAUUCAUACUGGUGAGCUCGUGCGGAUCUAUAAAGGUCACAAUCACGCAGUGACUGUGGUGAAUAUCCUAGGAAAAGUGAUGGUGACUGCUUGCCUGGAUAAAUUUGUUCGUGUCUAUGAAUUACAGUCUCAUGAUCGAUUACAAGUUUAUGGAGGACACAAAGACAUGAUUAUGUGUAUGACCAUCCAUAAAAGCAUGAUUUACACUGGCUGUUAUGAUGGCAGUAUUCAGGCCGUGAGGCUUAAUCUGAUGCAGAAUUACCGCUGUUGGUGGCAUGGCUGCUCUCUGAUAUUCGGCGUUGUAGAUCAUUUAAAACAACACUUGCUGACCGACCACACUAAUCCCAACUUCCAGACUCUGAAAUGUCGCUGGAAGAACUGCGAUGCUUUUUUCACUGCUAGGAAAGGAUCCAAACAGGAUGCUGCAGGACAUAUUGAACGACACGCUGAAGAUGACAGCAAAAUUGAUUCAUGAAGUUGUUUGCCUCCCACGUUGGGAAGUCAUUAGUUGAACUGUUUUCACAUCAGCCCCCCACACAGGCCACUCUCUUCUCUUUCUUGGUGAAGCAAGGAAGGAGAAAGUGGUUACUAGCCAGGCCUCUAGCAUAAGUCUGGGCAGCUCUAUGGGAUGAUAGAUUACUCUUUAAGUUCGUGCUGGAGGUUUUAAAUAGAUUUAGACAGAUGUUAGGGAACCACACUCCUCUGGGACAGCAUGGCAUAUAGUGAUUUAUGCUACUUGCGUUCUCCAGGUGUUUAUUAAAGAUACAGACCCUAAUUGGUUACCCAGUUUGACCCUAAUCAUAUGUAUAUUUUAUUGACUUCAGUUUGCAAUGUUUAGUUUAUGUUCUUAUGAUGGUUUAAACCUAUAGUCAGGCUUUUAAGUACAAAUUUGUUUAAGUGCUAGACUUUCGGGAUCAGUUUUCAUUUCUCCAUUUGUAAUAGCUGGGUAUUCAAAUUGGAAGCAAAUAGUUUUCUUUCUUAACAAUUAUGUGCAGUGUGUGUCCCUGUUUUCUUGCUUCAUAGAUGGACAGAGCUGGUUUUAAGUGCUAAAGGACACAGUAGAUUUUUGACAAACAGUGGCUGCUCUGCUGACCAUAUUUUAGGAAUUCAGAAAGCAAAUCACAUGGUGACAAGUCCUUACAACACCACUUCCUAGCAAACCUCUGUAAAUGUGGAUAGAAAGCUCAGUGUGAGGCAGUGCGUAGACCUAAUGUCUACCUUUACGUUUGCUGUUGAACUGGGCACUACCUGCCACAGAUCCUGUCAGGCUGUUGCAGCUGGAGGUGUACCUUUAUCUUCCUUUCUAGCGUCUGACCCUGCAAGCCUAAUGUCGGUUUGAACCCUUUUUGGUUUGUUCAGUUGCCAGCCUCCAUCUCUCCCACUAUAUGGCUGUGCCUAGACUGAUGGCAGCCAUCCAGUAUUCCUCUGGGCUCAUGGGUGUUUUCCACCCCUCUGCAGCACCCAAGAUGGUGGGGGAGAAGGGGUUAGAAUAAAGCAUCUGAAUACGGUUUUUAGGACCUCAAGCAGACUUCCUAGAGACUUGUUUCUGAGACAGUUCUUUGCCUUCACUUCCCUGCUAGGUGGGAAAGAAGAGUGGAGCAGAGACUCUGCCUGGCCACUGAGAACAGCCAAAUUCACAAACCCUCAGUGGGGCUUUGUUUUUGGAUUUUCUCCAGACUCAUCAGUAAACCUGUAGAAGUGUUGCUUUCCAGCCUUUUGUUUCUGGAUCCUCAAAACUCAGAAAGUGGCCAGCGCAUGGUGGCUCUCAUGCCAGCUAAUCCCCAGCACUUUGGAGGCCUGAGGCAGGCAGAUCACCCUGAGGUUUAGAGAGUUGGAGACCCAGCCUGGCCAACAUGGCAAAACCCCAUUCUACUAAAAAAUCAAAAUAAGCUGGGCGGUGUGGUGUGUGCUUGUAAAUCCCCAGCUGCUCAGGAGCUGAGGCAGGAGAAUCCGCCUUUGGAAACCCCGGGAGGCAGUGUUGUAUGAGCCGAGAUUGCGCGUACUGGCACUCCAGCCCUGGGUGACAGAAGUGAGACUUCCGUCUAAAAAAAAAAAAAAAAAACAAAAACCUCAGAAGCUUCUUCAGAGAGAAAAUAAAGGAGGGAGCCCAGGGCCAACAUACCAAGCCUUGGGACAUGCUCUCUGGGAUGACAGAGCCCAUCCAGGUCGUGAUCUUCGCCCCUAUUAGUGCCACACACAUCUACUCACAGUGUCUCCCUCAGGCUUAUCGGGCAGGGAGAAACUUCACAGGGGGUUCAUGGAUAAGGCUUCAAGGAGGUCUGUGAACCCCCAGAAUUGUGUGUGUGACUGAGUAUGUUCUUUUUUCCAGAAAGGCUCCAGUGGUCGUCUUAGUUGAUCCAAAAAUUGUUAGAAAAUUAAUCAGAAGGCUUGGCUUGGUGUUCCACUGCCUGUAAUUCCUAGCCACUUUGGGAGGCCGAGGUGGGUGGAUCCUCAACGGUCGGCGUUUGAAGACCAGCUGGACCACAAUGGUGAAACCCAGUCCUCUACUAAGAAAUACAAAAAUUAGCUGGGUGUGUGGCAUGUGCUGUAGUCUCCGCCUACUUGGAGGCUGAGACAGGAGAAUCACUUGACCUGGGAGGAAAGUUGGCAGUGAGCCCAAGAUCUCAAACACUGCACUCUCAGCCUGGGAACAGAGUGAAACUCCACCAUCAAAAAAAAAAAAAAGGUUAAUCUAGGAGAUAAUGAAUGGCCUAGUACUAGAUAAUAAAUGCCCCCACAAGCUCUUGACUUCUGUCCUUGGGGAAAGCCAUUUUGUUAACCACACUAGUGAAAUUUAUGUGAUGCUUAAUGGAGAACAGAGAAGAUCUUGUUGCAAAAAAUGUGUUAAAUAUUCGUGCUGUUUCUGUAUGAGAUUAAGAAGCUUUUCCCACCUCUCACCCCUGUUUCCUAUAAGGAUAUCCAGAGAAGCCAAGCUGUUCUGUGUGUUUGGGAAUGGUCGUUUCCCGGGAAGAUGCAUUUGGAUCGAUGACUAAACCUGGCCCUUUUCUCUGGGCUGUAGUGAAGCCGCAUUUUCAUGCUGGCUGGCUGUGUGCUGAGAGAGCCUCGAAUGCUCUGCCGCAUAGUGCCCUUCUGCCCUGCCUGAGGAUGUGUCGAAAAGAUGAGAGUGGAGGAGCCUUUGUGCAGCAGGAAGAGGCUAGGUGAGGUGUCGGGCAGUUGUGGGGAACUUCUGAGAGUAUUACAGACUGGUAGAAUCAGUAAGAACUCCGAUUUGGACGUCGCUUUGGUGGAACUGUGUGUCUGUAUCUGCCUGUGUAUGUGCAAGUGUGCAGGUUCCUUUGUGUGCAUGUGUACGCGUGGGAACCUGUACUUGUCAUAUUUUUCUUCAUUUCACGAAGGCUUUUUUUGAAGCAGUGGCAGUAAUAAUGCCUUUGUUUCAAGAACACAUGAAAUUCUUUUAACACCAGAUUAGCAUGUUACCCAAAAUGAACCGUUCUAGCCCUCUGUUAAGAAAUAAAGGGACCAUAAGCAUUUUGGCUGCUUAUGGUUGUGUGUUACUACUUACAAGUGUCUUGAAAAUUAUGCAGAACUUUGCCUUCUUUUUUUAAUGUCUUCCACAAUGUCAUGACUUAUUAUAACCCUGUUUCCCCUCAGAGAAGAGCUGUGGCUCAGGGAUCUUUGUUGACUCUGGCAUUUAGUAGCUUUGUGAAGGAAGGAAACCAUUAAGUGACCUGACAAAAACUGAUUGAUGUCUUUAAAGUAGUUGGAACCACUUUUAGAAUGUUAUUCUUGGUUGCUUUUGCCUACUUCUAAUGGCUUAAAGCCAAGAAAACCAUAGUAUAAAUCCUUUUGUGUACCUAUGCUAGUGUUAAAAUGGCAGUUUGUUCUGAUGAAAUAUGUCACUUCAAGUUUUAUGUGAGAGUUUUUAAUUAGGUUAAAAAUAAUUUUGGCAUACCUCUCUACUCAGUUUAUAAAGCAAUUCCACACAAUGCAAACAAAACUCUAACAGCAAAGGUUAUCUUGACCUGAUGUUACUUGAAUUUGAGAGAAAGUCAUUACUUACUACUGCACUCCUGCUUUUGUGGGAAAAACUUUUUUCUUCCCCAGAAGAGUUAACAGUUGAGUGUUCAGCUCCUGACUUACCUUUAAUUUAGAGGCAAUAUUAUUACUGUUUAAGUGAUUAUUUGCUUGCCACAGGUUUUAUUUUGUCUUUUUUCUGGUAGAUUAUACAAUGGACAACUUUAGUGAUGAGGCAUGUGAAUGAUUUGGUGGGAGUAGGUAUAUACUUAGUGGAAUGGUAUAUUUUAUGGAAGAGAAUUCAUUGGAGGUGAGAUUGAAGUAUAUUGUAAAGUGGGAUUUGAACAGCACAUAUGCUCUGGUUUGCUCAAAUAACUGCAGUUUAUGCUUGCUUCUCAAUUUUGUUUCUGUUACCUAAACGGGAGCUUCUAGAAUUAUGAAGGCCAAACCUGCCACAUUUAUAAAAUAAUGGUUUUAUUCCUGCCCCCAAAUCAUCAGGUUCCUCGGGUUUAAGAGAAGCGGUCUCACAGACGGGAAUAGAAGUUGUGGUGGAGGUGAUUUGGGAUAGACUGAGUUCCCUAUGCAAGUGGAUGUGAGCUCCUCAUAGAAACCAGACCUACUGUGUUAGACAGUAACCUCUAACCUCACCUCCUCCAAGCCCAAGUGUACAGCCCUGCUGGGUUACCUGGUGACUAAAUUUCCCAGAUUCACUCUAAACUCAAGGUAGUGACCCAAAUAAACUGGGAGAGGAGCGUGUCAAGGAGGAAAAGCUGUUGAAAAUCUUCUCCUAUUUAAGAGAAAUAUAUGCCCUAGAGCUGCUCCAGCACCCUUGGUUUCUGAUUUUUUUAAUAUUGAAUAUGGAUUACAAGAAUGAAAUCAGAUGACUGCAAAAAUGUUUAUAAGCAAAUAGCCUUCUUACAUUUUGGUAUAAAGCUGUGAACUUCAUAACUUUGUAAAGCAAGAUAUAAAGCAAAUACAAGAGGAAAAUAAAGUACUUUUACUAACUGACA